AAUUUCCAAUUUAUUGUCAUCCGAAUAUUUGGCCUAAAGACGACUUACCACAAUUUGAGCAUGCUUUUAAAGAUUUGGGGUGUUUUGUUAUGGAUAUUGCUAAACUGGUGGCUAAAGCUUGUGACUCAUUUGUGUCAUCAAAAUUACCAAGUGCAAAACAGAAUUACCUUGAAAAAGUUAUCAUGGAAUCACAUACUACAAAAGCUCGACUAUUACAUUAUUUUCCGGUACAACCAAAAAAAGACGAUAAAACAAAUGAAAAUAGUGAAACCAUUGAAGAUUCUUGGUGUGGAUGGCAUGUGGAUCAUUCAUCUAUUACAGGAUUAACAUCCGCAAUGUAUAUAAACGAAUCCGACUCGGCAUUUCCUGAAAUUCAAUGUCCAGAUCCAUCAUCUGGUCUCUAUAUAAAAACUAAGUCUAGUAAAAUUAUUAAAAUUUCGAUACCUAAAGAUUAUUUGGCAUUUCAAUUAGGUGAAGCAAUGCAAUUGGCUUCUGGAAAUAAUUUGUUGGCAACUCCUCAUAUGGUUAAAGGAAUUUCGCCAAAUGUUAAAAGUGAAAUACCAAUUAAUGUUAUUUCUAGAAAUACUUUUGCUGUAUUUAUGCACCCACCAUUAGAUGAAAUGGUUGGGGAUAUUACGUUUGCGGAUUUUGCUAGAAAAGUGUUUCAGAGUCAUUAUUGA